GCGCGGGGCAGGGAGGGCCGGAGCAGGCGCUGGCGGCCGGGGGUGCGCCCGAGAGUGCCCCGGCGUGUUCGCUCAGUUCAGUGAAUCAGAACAAUGACUACGCCGCCGGGUCCCUGGGAGCGCGUCGGAGGACUGUAAGCAGCCGCCGCCGGGAGAGCGGCGGGCGGCGCAGCGUGGGCCGCGCGGUGUCAACGCCUGGCUCGGGAGCCCGCGGCGCAGAUAAGCGCCCGCAGCCCGCGCGGAGCCGCCGGGCUCCGGCUCUGCAGCCGUUCCACCGCAGCUGAGCAUUGUUGUGAGGCGGAGAAGGGGCGCGGGGGCUACCCAGCCCGAAGACCCGGGAGCCCUGCUUAGCCAUGUGGAUACCUACGGAGCACGAGAAAUACGGCGUGGCCAUUGCCAGCUUCCGAGGCACCGUCCCCUACGGCCUGUCGCUGGAGAUUGGAGACACAGUGCAGAUCCUGGAGAAGUGUGACGGCUGGUACAGAGGAUUUGCCUUAAAAAACCCAAAUGUCAAGGGUAUCUUUCCUUCCAGCUACGUCCACUUGAAAAAUGCCUUUGUGAAGAACAAAGGACAGUUUGAAAUGGUCAUUCCCACAGAAGACUCCGUUAUCACAGAGAUGACGUCGACGCUGAGAGACUGGGGGGCCAUGUGGAAGCAGCUCUACGUGAGAAACGAAGGCGACCUCUUCCACCGGCUGUGGCACAUCAUGAAUGAAAUCCUGGACCUGCGGCAGCAGGUGCUGGUGGGCCACCUGACCCAUGACCGGAUGAAGGACGUGAAGCGCCACAUCACUGCCCGCCUCGACUGGGGCAAUGAGCAGCUGGGCCUGGACCUGGUGCCCAGGAAGGAGUACGCCAUGGUGGACCCAGAGGACGUCAGCAUCACCGAGCUCUACCGCCUGAUGGAGCAUCGACACCGGAAGAAAGACACGCCCGCGCAGGCCAGCAGCCAUCACCUGUUUGUGCAGAUGAAGAGCCUCAUGUGCUCCAACCUGGGCGAGGAGCUGGAGGUCAUCUUCUCGCUCUUCGACAGCAAGGAGAACCGGCCCAUCAGUGAGAGAUUCUUCCUGAGGCUGAAUAGGAACGGGCUCCCCAAAGCGCCAGACAAGCCGGAGCGACACUGCUCUCUCUUCGUGGACUUGGGGAGCAGCGAGCUGCGGAGGGACAUCUACAUCACAGUGCACAUCAUCCGAAUCGGUCGCAUGGGGGCAGGAGAGAAGAAGAACGCCUGCAGCGUCCAGUACCGGCGACCCUUCGGCUGUGCAGUUCUUAGCAUCGCCGACCUGUUGACGGGAGAGACGAAGGACGACCUCAUCCUGAAAGUGUACAUGUGUAACACGGAGAGCGAGUGGUACCAAAUCCACGAGAACAUCAUCAAAAAGCUGAAUGCGCGUUACAAUCUGACCGGCUCCAAUGCAGGCCUAGCAGUGUCCCUCCAGCUGCUGCACGGAGACAUCGAGCAGAUCAGGCGAGAGUGCGCCUCUGUGUUCUCCCACGGGGUGUCCCUGACGAGGAAGCUGGGCUUCUCGAACAUCAUCAUGCCCGGUGAGAUGAGGAAUGACUUAUACAUCACUAUAGAGAGGGGGGAAUUUGAGAAAGGAGGCAAAAGUGUGGCCAGAAACGUGGAAGUGACGAUGUUCAUUGUCGAGAGCAGCGGCCAGACCUUGAAGGACUAUAUCUCCUUCGGCUCCGGAGAGCCCCCCGCCAGCGAGUACCACUCCUUCGUCCUUUAUCACAACAACAGUCCCCGGUGGUCCGAGCUGCUGAAACUGCCCAUCCCCGUGGAUAAGUUCCGGGGCGCGCACAUCCGCUUCGAGUUCCGGCACUGCUCCACGAAGGAGAAGGGCGAGAAGAAGCUGUUUGGUUUCUCCUUUGUCCCCCUGAUGCAGGAGGACGGUCGGACCCUUCCCGACGGCACCCACGAGCUCAUCGUCCAUAAGUGUGAAGAAAACACAAACCUUCAGGAUACUGCCCGCUACCUCAAACUCCCCUUCUCCAAGGGCCUCCUCCUGGGAAAUAGCAAUCAAGCCAUGAAGACCACGAAGGAGUCUUUUUGGAUCACCUCUUUCCUCUGUUCCACAAAGCUCACCCAAAAUGGUGAUAUGCUAGACCUUUUGAAAUGGAGAACCCACCCCGACAAGAUCACAGGCUGCCUCUCCAAGUUAAAAGAAAUCGACGGCUCGGAGAUCGUGAAGUUCCUGCAAGAUACACUGGAUACCUUAUUCGGAAUUUUAGAUGAAAAUUCCCAAAAAUACGGGUCGAAAGUGUUUGACUCUUUGGUCCACAUAAUAAAUUUGCUGCAGGAUAGCAAAUUCCAUCAUUUUAAGCCCGUCAUGGACACGUACAUAGAGAGCCAUUUUGCCGGGGCCCUGGCGUACAGGGACCUCAUCAAAGUGCUCAAGUGGUAUGUGGACAGGGUCACGGAAGCGGAGCGGCAGGAGCACAUCCAGGAGGUGCUGAAGGCGCAGGAAUACCUGUUCAAGUACAUCGUGCAGUCCCGGCGGCUGUUCUCGCUGGCCACCGGCGGACAGAGUGAGGACGAGUUCCGCGGCUGCAUUCGGGAGCUGCUGCUGUCCGUGCGCUUCUUCCUGUCCCAGGAGAGCAAAGGGUCCGGGGCGCUGUCUCAGUCGCAGGCCGUGUUUCUGAGCUCCUUCCCUGCCGUGUACUCUGAGCUGCUGAAGCUCUUCGACAUCCGGGAAGUGGCCAACCUGGUUCACGACACCCUGGGCAGCCUGCCCACCAUCGUGCACGUGGACGAGACACUGCAGGCGGUGAAGCUGCAGUGCAUCGGCAAGACCGUGGAGAGCCAGCUGUACACCAACCCAGAUUCCAGGUACAUCCUGCUGCCCGUGGUCUUGCACCACCUGCACAUGCACCUGCAGGAGCAGAAGGACCUGAUCACGUGCGCGCGCAUCCUCAGCAACGUGUUCUGUCUCAUCAAGAAGAACAGCUCGGAAAAAUCUGUGCUGGAGGAAAUAGAUGUGAUAGUGGCCAGCCUGCUGGACACCCUGCUGAGAACCAUAUUGGAGAUCACCAGCCGCCCUCAGCCCUCCGGCUCCUCCGCACGGCUGCAGUUCCAGGAUGUCACUGGGGAGUUUGUUGCUUGUCUCCUGUCCCUGUUACGGCAAAUGACAGACAGACAUUAUCAACAGCUUCUGGACAGUUUCAAUACAAAGGAAGAACUAAGGGACUUCCUGCUGCAGAUCUUCACUGUGUUCCGGAUCCUGAUUCGCCCGGAGAUGUUCCCGAAGGACUGGACUGUGAUGCGCCUGGUGGCUAACAACGUUAUUAUCACGACGGUUCUCUACCUGUCAGAUGCGCUCCGUAAGAACUUCUUAAAUGAAAAUUUCGAUUAUAAGAUCUGGGACUCCUACUUUUACCUCGCAGUCAUUUUUAUAAACCAGUUGUGCCUGCAGCUGGAGAUGUUCACACCUUCCAAAAAGAAAAAGGUAUUAGAAAAGUAUGGUGACAUGCGGGUGACCAUGGGCUGUGAGGUCUUCAGCAUGUGGCAGAACCUGGGAGAACACAAGCUCCACUUCAUCCCCGCCCUGAUCGGCCCCUUCCUGGAGGUGACCCUGAUCCCGCAGCCAGACCUGCGUAACGUCAUGAUCCCCAUCUUCCACGACAUGAUGGACUGGGAGCAGAGGCGCAGCGGCAAUUUCAAGCAGGUGGAAACGAGACUCAUCGACAAAUUGGACAGUCUGAUGUCCGAAGGCAAAGGUGACGAAACCUACCGCGAGCUCUUCAACAGUAUAAUUCCACUCUUUGGUCCCUAUCCUAGUCUGCUGAAGAAAAUUGAGCGGGAAACAUGGAGGGAAAGCGGGGUCUCGCUGGUCGCCACUGUGACCCGUCUGAUGGAGAGGUUGCUGGAUUACAGGGACUGCAUGAAAAUGGGGGAGGUGGACGGCAAGAAGAUCGGCUGCACGGUCAGCCUCCUGAACUUCUAUAAGACCGAACUGAACAAGGAAGAGAUGUACAUUCGCUACAUUCACAAACUCUAUGAUCUGCAUCUCAAAGCUCAGAACUUCACAGAGGCCGCGUACACCCUCCUGCUGUACGACGAGCUGCUGGAGUGGUCGGACCGGCCGCUGCGCGAGUUCCUCAGCUACCCCAUGCAGACCGAGUGGCAGCGCAAGGAGCAGCUGCACCUGGCCAUCAUCCAGAACUUCGACAGGGGCAAGUGCUGGGAGAACGGCAUCAUCCUCUGCCGGAAGAUUGCGGAGCAGUACGAGAGCUUCUACGACUACAGGAACCUGAGCAAGAUGCGGAUGAUGGAGGCCUCUUUGUACGACAAAAUUAUGGACCAGCAACGGCUCGAACCGGAGUUCUUCAGGGUUGGAUUUUAUGGGAAAAAAUUUCCGUUUUUCUUAAGAAACAAGGAGUUCGUGUGCCGGGGCCACGACUACGAGCGGCUGGAGGCCUUCCAGCAGCGGAUGCUGACCGAGUUCCCGCACGCCAUCGCCAUGCAGCACGCCAACCAGCCCGACGAGACCAUCUCCCAGGCCGAGGCCCAGUACCUGCAGAUCUAUGCCGUGACCCCGAUCCCGGAGAGCCAGGAGGUGCUGCAGAGAGAGGGCGUUCCGGACAACAUCAAAAGCUUCUACCGAGUGAAUCACAUCUGGAAGUUCCGCUAUGACCGGCCAUUUCACAGAGGCACCAAAGACAAAGAGAACGAGUUCAAGAGCCUCUGGGUGGAGAGGACGUCGCUGUUCUUGGUGCAGAGCCUGCCCGGCAUCUCCCGCUGGUUCGAGGUGGACAGGCGUGAAGUGGUGGAAGUGAGCCCUCUGGAAAACGCCAUCGAAGUGUUGGAGAACAAGAAUCAGCAGCUGAAGACGCUGAUCGCUCAGUGUCAGACCCGGCAGAUGCAGAACAUCAACCCCCUGACCAUGUGCCUGAACGGGGUGAUCGACGCCGCCGUGAACGGCGGGGUUUCCCGCUAUCAGGAGGCCUUCUUCGUCAAAGACUAUAUCUUGAGUCACCCGGAAGACGGGGAGAAAAUCGCGCGGCUGAGGGCGCUGAUGCUGGACCAGGCGCAGAUUUUGGAGUUUGGUUUGGCCGUGCACGAGAAGUUUGUGCCUCAGGACAUGAGGCCCCUUCACAAGAAGCUGGUCGACCAGUUCUUCGUGAUGAAGUCGAGCCUAGGGAUACAGGAGUUCUCUGCCUGCCCGCAGGCCAGCCCGGUCCACUUCCCCAACGGGAGCCCUCGCGUGUGCAGGAGCUCGGCACCUGCUGCUCUGAGCCCGGAUGGCGCCCGGGUGAUUCCGCGGCGUAGCCCAUUAAGUUACCCAGCCGUCAACCGCUACUCCUCCUCCUCGCUGUCCUCACAAGCCUCUGCCGAAGUCAGCAACAUCACGGGCCAGUCCGAGAGCUCCGACGAAGUCUUCAACAUGCAGCCAAGUCCGUCUACCUCAAGCUUGAGUUCCACCCACUCGGCUUCGCCCAACGUGACCAGUUCCGCUCCGUCCAGCGCCAGAGCCUCUCCCUUGUUGUCCGACAAGCACAAACAUUCCAGAGAGAACGCUUGCCUGUCCCCGAGGGAGAGACCGUGCAGUGCCAUCUACCCAACACCUGUGGAACCUUCGCAGAGGCUGCUGUUCAACCACAUUGGAGACGGGGCCCUGCCACGCAGCGACCCGAACCUGUCCACGCCGGAGAAAGCUGUGAACCCCACCCCCAGCAGCUGGAGCCUGGACAGCGGGAAGGAGGCCCGGAGCGGGGCGGAGGGCGGCAAGCUGCUCUCCCCGCCUGUCCCUCCCAGGCCCACGCAGGCCGCUUCGCCAGCGAGGCAGACGACGUCGGUGUCCCCCUCGCCCGCCGGGCGGUCUCCCAUGAAGGGCCCCACGCAGUCCUUCACGCCCUCGCCCGUGGAGUACCACUCGCCCACGCUGCUCUCCAACUCCCCCGUCCUGUCGGGCAGCUGCAGCAGCGGCAUCUCUUCGCUCAGCCGGUGCAGCACGUCGGAGACCUCGGGCUUCGAGGGCCCGCUGGCCGAGCCGCCGGCGCCGGGCUGCAGCGGGCCCGAGGAGCCCGUGCGCAAGGACAGCAAGACGCCGCCGCCCUACAGUGUCUACGAGCGGACUCUGCGGCGCCCCGUCCCGCUACCUCACAGCCUCUCCAUCCCCGUCGCCCCCGAGCCGCCCGCCUUGCCGCCCAAGCCCCUGGCCGCGCGCCCCGGCCACCUGGAGAACGGCACCAGGAGGACUGACCCCGGCCCGCGGCCCCGGCCCCUGCCCAGGAAGGUCUCUCAGCUGUGAGCCCCUGUUCCGUGGACCUGCGAUGGCGCCUGUGCCAUUUCCAGGAGAGUAAGAAGUAUGAUGAGACAUUUAGCGUAGGCACUUUAAUACCUUAGAUUUGUCUUUACAUGAAUGGAAUUAAAACUUGCUUGUUAAUAUAAUGUUGCACAAUAUUAAAAGUUACUGACCUGAAACGCCAGAUGUUACAUGAAGUAUGGCUGAAUUUCAUUAAAAGCGUCUCUCCUUUGAAAGUGGUAAAUAGUGAUCAAGACUUCUUUUGUAUCUUUUUAUGUUCACUUUUUUUACAUAGUCUAAUGUUCAGACCAAUACAGUAUUGUCGAACAAUACGAUGUGUGAUAAUGUUGUAUAUUUUUUACUGAAUACUUGAUACUCUGAGAAAGCUCGUUAAGUCGAUGCACAUCCUCACACAAGGGUCCUUCCCUUAGAAGACUUCUGGGAAUGAGGCGAGGUGUCCAGCUCCUUGUACGAGCAGGUGGAUCGAGGUGAGUCCCCAGAAUUAAAAGUUAGAGCAGGCUAUUUAGACAAGAUACUUCAGGGGUGGCCGGGAUGGGACUGGAAAUUGUUUUGUCCUUGCGAUAUAAUGCUCCUCCGAGGUUGCCUUUGACACGUGAAAGCUGUCUGCAUUCAUAAAACUCCACUUUGUGAAUUGGUCGGUAAACCCUUUCAUACUCAGACACCAUGGCAUCUACUGUAUUUCCCUUCAAGGUGCAAUUUACUUUCAGAGCAGAGAUUAAGGAACAGACCCCAGGAGAAAUGUUUACUUGAAGCUCGGGCUUCCUUACUUGAUAGUUUCCUCCACCAGAUUUGUCAUCGAAGAAGAGCAGGUAUCCGUGUAGUGAACAGGCACAAAUUAAUGUGUCCCAUUAACAAGAAUUCAGGAAUCAAUGCAGGACAGUGUUAAAUCAAUAGCGUAAAUGAAGAAAAAAAAAAAAACCUUAGAGAAAAUACAUUAGCAUGAUUAAAAGGCAAAAGGACUUUCGAAAGGCAAGGGUGUUAACCUUCGAUCCCACACAAAAUAAAAGAUUCCCCGCACCUGUCCCUUCUUACUGGUGGCCCUUGUCUCCUUGGCUGUCCCCGUGCCCUGUUGUGGAAGGAGGGCGGCUGUAGAUGGUUCUAGCUUGACUGUUCAACGCGCAUCUUAGAUCCGCAGAUAGAGGGGCAGAUCCCACGGCCCUAGGGUAGGAGCACAGCACCUUGUACGUAGUAAUGUAUUUUGUACCUUUGUUUUUUCUCUUGCUGUUUGUAACACUCAAUUGACAAUAGAUCUGAGCUGUAUUUUCAAUCAUGCUGUUAAAUAUUUUCCCUCUUUUGUUGGGAAGCCCCUUUCAGUUUACCUGUGUGCGUGGCGGCGUUGGUAGCUGACCUGGGCGGCACUGACCUUUUUUUAUAUCCCCGUAAUGAAACCAUUCAGCAGGUGUACGCUGUUGAGGCUGGUUCUAGAGGUUUUCUAUAAUAAAUGUUCAAGUAUUUUUGUACAUAACUGGUUAAUUUUAAUAAGAGAUACCAUUAUGUGUAAAAAAAACAGUAAAAAUAAAAGCAAACAGUUGUGGAUGCAGUAUGAUUGUUGUACUUAUGCCAAAUACUUUAUGUAUGGAAAAAGAAUAUUUGUACAUAUGUGCUUUUAACAAUAAUUCUGCCAUAUUGACUUUACAAUUUUGAAUGUCAAAAAAAUUAAUAUAUGUUAAAAAUAUUUAUGUUUAGUGAAGGUAUUCAUAAUUGAGAAAAGGAACAUAUAAAUUUUAGCUUUGUAUCUUGCAAGUUUUGCAGUCAGAAAUUUCUUGAAUUAGCUUUUGCUUUGGAUGAUAACACUUUGUGUUUGUAAUCACCUCCUUAAACAAUAUCUAGACCUACCCAUAGGAAGCGCCACAUUUCUGUUGUUUUAAAGAAGUAAAGCCUUCCAUUUAAAUAAGGUGACAUGCAUAAGAUAACAAAGCUUCUUUGAUUUCCUUUCCUCUGUAAUUUAAUAGAUUUGUUGACUAGUGCUUGAGCACAGUAUAAAUCAGUGUUAUUUGCUCUUGAAGCCAUUUUAUUAAAAAAAAAAAAACUUUUGCAAUGAACAGUUGAUCAUGUGCGUGUAUUUCUGA